AUGCCCGGCCUGGUCCUGUCUGCACCGCCUGCGCCCGAGGCAUCUGAUUCCAGCCUGGGGACAUACUACCGAGCCAAGAUCGAGUCACUCUCGCUCACGGUGAACCAGAAAGCGCAGAACUUGAGACGACUGGAAGCGCAAAGGAAUGCGCUCAACGCACGAGUGAGACUGCUCAGGGAGGAGCUCCAGCUGCUUCAGGAACCGGGCAGCUAUGUCGGCGAGGUCGUCAAAGUGAUGGGAAAGAAGAAGGUGCUCGUCAAAGUACAGCCAGAGGGGAAAUAUGGCAACUGGGCAGUCCGAACAGUCGUCGACUUUGCACCCAACAUCGAUCUCAACGAACUCAAGCCCAACCUCAGGGUGGCGCUCAGGAGCGACAGCUACCAGCUUCAUCAGAUUCUGCCUAACAAGACUGAUCCCCUCGUGGCGCUCAUGAUGGUCGAGAAGGUGCCCGACAGCACCUACGAGAUGGUGGGCGGUCUGGACAAGCAGAUCAAAGAAGUCAAGGAGGUCAUCGAGCUGCCCAUCAAACACCCCGAGCUAUUCGAUUCGCUCGGUAUUGCUCAACCCAAGGGCGUGCUACUCUACGGACCGCCGGGCACGGGCAAGACGUUGCUCGCACGCGCAGUGGCACAUCAUACCGACUGUCGCUUCAUUCGCGUUUCCGGCUCGGAACUCGUGCAAAAGUACAUCGGCGAGGGCUCGAGGAUGGUUCGAGAGCUGUUUGUCAUGGCAAGAGAGCAUGCGCCCAGCAUCAUCUUUAUGGACGAAAUCGAUUCGAUCGGCUCGUCGCGAGGAGAAGGGGGCAGCAGUGGAAGCGAUUCUGAAGUCCAGAGGACGAUGCUCGAAUUGCUCAACCAGCUCGACGGUUUCGAAGCGACCAAAUCCAUCAAGGCGAGUCUCUUGAUACCGAACAGGCGUCCUGUACCGGAGCUGACGAUAAGGCUACAGGUCAUCAUGGCCACCAAUCGAAUCGAUAUCCUCGAUUCUGCACUCCUCCGCCCUGGACGUAUAGAUCGGAAGAUCGAGUUCCCACCUCCCGGCCCGGAAGCUCGUGUUUCGAUCCUUCGAAUCCACUCGCGCAAGAUGUCCCUGCAGCGCGGCAUCAAUUUGCGCGCGCUUGCGGAAAAGAUGGGCGCUUGCAGUGGUGCCGAAGUACGCGGUAUCUGCACCGAAGCAGGCAUGUACGCACUCAGAGAAAGACGUCAACACGUCACCCAAGAAGACUUUGAACUCGCCGUUUCCAAAGUGCUACGAAAGAAUGCGGAUGCGAAUACGAGCACGAGCAAGCUGUUCACAUAG